AUGCUCUCCCAAGAACCCUGCAAAGCGUGCACCUUCUCCGAGCAACGCGCCCAUUGCAGCAGCUACAAAAGUCAGGUCAAGAUUUUCUAUGAGGGGAGUGACCGCGGCGUUUGGUCUCUGGGCUCAAACCUGAUUCUCAAAGACCGUGGUCCCGAACUUCCAACCGAUGAUGCCGCAAACCUCCGCUUCGUGAAGGAGAACACAACUAUCCUAGUCCCGACUGUUAUUCACCAGCAUGAAACAAGCAACGAGCAUGCCUUGACAAUCAUGACACGCAUCCCUGGUGAGAACCUGGCCGAAGCUUGGCCAAAGCUGUCUAACGCCGAGAAAGAGAAUAUUGCCAAGCAGACUGCCGAAUAUCUUCUUCAACUUCGCCUCCUCCACUCUGAUCGCAUCGAAGCCCACGGUGGUCGUCCUGUGUUCAACGGCUACUUGGUUAAGGCUGAGGAUACUCGUUUCCAUUGUCCAUGUGGCCCUCUAGUCUCUGAUGAGGAGGUCUGGACUGCAUUGGCGCGCAGACUGAAUCCAACCAUUCCCGACGCGGCACGCAACCGGCUUCGACAUUCCAUGCCGCCAACUAAGCCAUUUACCUUUACCCAUCAAGACCUUGCGCACGUCAACAUCAUGGUCCAGGAUGGUGUACUGACCGGUAUCGUGGACCGGGAGCGGGCCGGAUACUUCCCUGUCUGGUGGGAAUAUGCCAUGACUUUAUUCACUGGUGAGGGUCCAGAAGACGCUCAGUGGCAAGGUCUUCUGCGUAAGCACAUGCCACAGAUGGACGAUGUCUAUAAUUGGUUUAAAACCUACUACUUCCUGUGUCUUGAGGAUCUGAACAGUUCUUGGGCGCGAGAUUUUAUUGAAGAGUCUGAGAAGGAUCUGGCAUAG